GAGAGAGAGAGAGAGAGAGGGAGGGGAAGCGGGAGAGCAUUGCGAAUGGCCCUUCUUCAACUUCCAUGCCGAAUUGGACGGCAACCAGCUCCUCUGGAAACACUUGGAAUCACAAAGGGUCCCUCUAAUGGGAUCACUGGGUUUGUUGGUUCUUAUUAUUCUUCAUUCUCCCCCAAAAUGAGAACGAGGCACCCUUUUCCUUGUAAAAGCAUCACAGCUCUUUCAGUUUCAGUUUCAGUUGAUGGGGAGUGUGAUAAGCCCCUCCCUCAUAGACCUGUAUCAUCAGACUGGGAAAGCUUGUACAGGAGGAUUCAGCUGCUGGGUUCGCAGAGCAUCAUGUCUUCCUCUGUAUUGGAGGAGUGGAUCAGAGAAGGUAAACCCUUGGCCAAAUGGGAGCUCCGCAAUAUUACCAGGCAAUUGCGCCAAAACUCCAGAUUUAAGCAGGCUUUGGAGGUGUCUGACUGGUUAAUUCAACAUGGCACCAAAUAUCAGUUGCGCUCUGGCGACUAUGCUAUUCAUUUGGAUCUGAUAUCCAAAGUAAAUGGACCCCAUCAUGCUGAAAGGUACUUCUUACAACUUCCUAAGGGCAUGAAAAACAAGCUCACUUAUUCUGCGCUUUUAAAUGUAUACGUGAAAGAAAAUAUGAAGGAAAGAGCUGAGACCACUAUGAAAAAGAUGAGGAUGCUGGGGUUUUUAACAUCAGCACUACCAUAUAACCGGAUGAUGACUCUCUAUCUCAACACAAACAACCUGGAGAAAAUACCAAUAUUACUCAAGGAAAUGAGGGAUUCUAGCACUCUACCAGAUGCAAAUUCCUAUACCAUUUGGAUAACAAGAUGCGGGGCAGUGUCGGAUGUAGAAGAGAUGGACAAGGUGUACCUCGAAUUGAAGAAGGUAAGCCCCGAGAGGGCAAACUGGAUUGUGUAUAGCACCUUGGCAAACAUGUACAUCAAGGAGAACCUAAUUGAGAAGGCAGAAUUGUGCUUGAAGGAGGUGGAAAACCGGAUAGUUAACAACGAGCGUGCUCCUUACAAGUAUCUCCUCAGCCUGUAUGCAGGAAUGGGGAAGAAGGCAGAGAUGUAUAGGAUAUGGAAAUUGUACAAGACCUCCUUCAAGAAUAUGACAAAUUCGAGCUAUAUUUGCUUGAUUUCCUCAUUGGUGAAGCUUGGAGACAUUGAAGGUGCAGAGUCAUGUUUUGAGGAGUGGGAAUCAGCAGGGUUGAGUUAUGAUGUUCGGGUUACCAAUAUCCUUCUCGCUUGUUAUGCAAGAAAAGGCAUGGUUAAAAAGGCGGAACUGUUCUUUGUAAGAAUGAGGAGACAGGGAGGGAUGCCAAACCCGAACACAUGGGAGAUAUUGGCAGAGGGCUAUUUGCAAAAUGGGCAGUUGGGUAAUGCUUUGGCCGCCAUGGAGGAAGCGGUAUCAUCAGGUAAGGGCGUUGGCUGGAAGCCAAAGCUGGAGAAUGUGCAUGCUAUCUUUAAAGAUUUCGAGAUGCAAGGAGAUGUGGAAAAUGUAGAGAAAUGUAUGAGCAUAUUAAGGGGGAUGAAUUUAUAGUGAGAUGUGCUGAUCACCUGUGAAGAGUCGGUGACGCUAAGUCCACAUUAUGAGAUAGUAAUGGGUGGCUUUGUGAUAUUGAGCUUGCUGCCUCAAUAAAAGAACUCCUGUUCCAGUCUGCAGUUACUGAAUAAGAGAAAUGGCUAUUUGUAUUUUGGUCCUCGUUUAGUGACAAGAAAUUUGGGCAGUAUUUCUCUGAGAAAUUUGCAUUAAGGAGAGUGGUCAGAAGUGGAAAGGAUGCUCGACCUGACGAAAUUGACUGUAGUGAUCGAAAGAGGCCCGUCCUAUGACAAAUCACAUAACUUAUCAGUAAAGUUAACUUUGUCUAAAAAGAUACAGUAGUGUUGUGAAACUUGAUGUUGUGAAAAUGGGUUUAUUGUAUCUUUUGGAUACAAUGAGAGCCGGGUACCAGUUCAAAAGAUGGAGGUUCAAUAUCUUUUUAGUCAACCAAUAAUUUAUCUGCUGAAGCGGAGACGUGAAGUCUUCACUCUGGAUCUCAGGAGAAACUUCAGUUUUCAGGAGGUGGUUGCAAUCCCAUUGAACUUAGUGAAAGAGGUUUCAUGGUAGACUGAAAAGGAAUGGAGCAUCAUUUGGUCAUGGUACAGGUCAGUUUUUGUGCUCAAAUAGAGCAGCUCUUUUCGGACAUGGAGGUUCAAUGCAAUUUUAGUUGACCAAUAAUUUGUCUCUUGAAGUGGAGACAUGUGAAGUCUUCACUCUGGAUCUCGGGAGAAACUUCAGUUUUCAGGAGGUGGUUUCAAUCCCAUUGAACUUAGUGAAAGAGAUUUCAUGGUAGACUAAAAAGGAAAGGAGCAUUAUUUGGUAUGGUAUAGGUCAAUUUUCGCGCUCAAAUAGAGCAGCUCUUUUUGGACAUGUGAGAAUGUUCCAAGCACCCAAAAUUUCAUUCACAGUACAAUGCAAUCACAUGGGUCCUGCCCAGCCACUGUAUUUCUAUAUCUACACAAAUUGUUUACUUUGAGAGAGAAAGAGAGAGAGUGAGAGAGAGAGAGAGAGAUGGGCAAAUCAAGGGGGGAUCCUUACUGUUUGGUGGUUAAAGUCGCACUAAGACAAUCCUGACUUCUUUAGGUGCAUGUACGGUGUGGAAGAAUGAUAUAUGUAAGAGGCCUAACUUUGUAUGAGAAUGCACGUUUUUUCCUCUUGAAUCACCCUUUUAGGCAGUGGCUUUGAAUCUUGAGGACAAUGACACAUCGAUGCUCUCUUGUAAGGGCACUUUGUUUUCUUACACCUCUUUAAGCAAUUUCAUGGCUCCACUCAAGAAGUCGGGCCCAAAUGAAA